GGAAAUCUCUUUCUUUAAAAUCACUAAGUUGACCACUACUCUGAAAUCAAAUAGUAGAAAUAAGUAAAAUGAAGAUCACGGCGCUUCUGGUUUUCAAGUGUAAUAAUAGUAAUACAGAGUCAUCAACAGAGAUGGAUCCGAUAAUACUAGCUAAUGCAUCAGAUGUAAGCCAGUUUGGUUAUUUCCAGAAAAAUGGUGUUAAAGAAUUCAUCGUCUUCUUUGGACGCACUGUUGCGAAACGUACUUCACCUACUCAACGCCAAUCCAUCCAGCACGAAGAAUACAAGGUGCAUUCUUACAAUCAAAAUGGUUUGUGUGCUGUUGGUUUUAUGGACGAUCACUACCCUGUCCGAAGCGCUUUCUCUGUUCUCAACAAGGUACUAGAUGAAUAUCAAAAAAUAUUUGGGGAUACUUGGAGCAAUUCGCAGGCAGAUGCAACUGAACCGUGGCAGUUUUUAAAUGAUUCGUUAACCAAAUUUCAGGAUCCUGCUGAGGCUGAUAAGUUGCUAAAAAUUGAGAGGGGAUUAGACGAAACGAAAAUCAUCCUUCACAAGACCAUUGAUAGUGUGCUUGAAAGGGGAGAGAAGCUGGACAGCUUAGUUGAGAAGAGUUCAGAUCUUAGUGCAGCAUCUCAGCUAUUCUACAAGCAGGCAAAGAAAACCAACCAAUGUUGUACAGUAUUAUAGACAACCGUCUGAAAACAACGACAAAAGAUGUUUACUCCCUGCCCCUGGACUGGGAGCUGGCUAGUCAAUUUAACGCUUUGCUGCUUACUAGUGUGUUACUAUGUUUAACAUAUGGGGGUGCUUUUGAACUGAAGAAUUAUGUUGGAAAUAUCGUAUUGUUUUAGUUGGUCAUCAUGCGUUAUGAUCUAAAACCUGUCAUUUUGACCGAGCAUUUGUUGCAUCAUCCAAAAUCAGUUUCCAGUACCGAAAUCUUUAAGGUGUUUCUGUGAUCUAAAAGAAUUAUGUGAAUUGAAAUGGGCUUCUUGUGUGUA